UUUUCGAUUGAAGGCUGGUGCUAAAUUGUCAUGGUUCUAACAUUUGUAUUGUGGUUGUUAAGUAUUACAUAUAAGAGAGUUCCACAAGUUACCAACAUGUAUUGAGAAUUGAUUCAGAUAAGGCUGGCUAUAUUUGUUCUGCAUGCCGACUUUCAUUCAUUGACAAAUGUUGACAUGAUUUUGCAAUUUAGCAAUCACUCAUCCUGUCCCUGUCUCUUCCAGAUGUCUGUUUGGUGGCAGGUUCUGUUUCUCCAGUUUUUCCUUACCCUGAGCUGUGUGUACCCAUGUUGUGCAUCCCCUCCAGGCCUACUCAAGUCCUACUCAUACUCCCUCAAAUCCAUCAGAUGCACCCACACUCGGGUACAGCAGCUGCUCAGGAGAUAUAAGGAGGAGCAGUUGGAUAACAAGCAGUUUGAGGACAGAAGUCUGGAGUGGCAGACCCUACCCUCCCUCUCCACAGACUUCUACCACUGGCUUCAGAUGAAGGACUGGGAGCGUCUGAGUGCUGCCUCUCUAGACCUCCACACCUUCUGGGCUCACCUGGACAUGAAGAGAAGGGAGAUGGAGAGGGAGGAGGUUGGACAGGGGGCAGCCCACAGGAUGGGGAGCAGGGGCAAGCCUAAACCCAGCAUACCUGAGAGAAUACAGCACAUUCUGACAGACCUGCGGGAUCUCAUGACAAAAGUCAACUUUCAGUUGAGAUGUGUGAACAGCUCCAAUGUGAGCCCCACCUCUCCCCCAGCCCUGACCCGUGCAGUGAGCCCUCCCUCCAGCCACCAGGCCCCAUCAAAGUCCCUGUGGACCAGCCGCCUGGAGGGCUACGUCAUCCUCAGGGACCUGGAGCGCUACCUCACCAAGCUGGCCAGAGACUUCAUCCUCCUGAAGACCAAACACAGAGGUCCUCCAGGUACCUAGCCCAGGGGCAGAUAGACAUGGUAUGCAUGGAUUCAUAUUCA